AUGGUCAACAUUCAAAACGCAAACGGGGAUUUGGUAGCAUGCCGACUCCUUUUGGACACAGGCUUAGAACUGUUAUAUGUAUCUGAACGCUGUCUACACGCCCUUGGUUUGGCUCGUACGCCAUCCCGCAUAUUGGUCACUGGAAUUUCAUCGAUUAAAGCAGACACAACAAGGGGAUGCAGCACCCUACGCAUCCAAUCCCGUAUAUCAGAGGAUCAACUGGUAGUCCAGGCUCACGUGCUUGGAAAGAUCACCUCAUCAUUGGAAAGGCAGAGAAUCGACGCGUCUGCACUACAAGUCUUUAACGAUCUACAACUAGCAGAUUCACAAUUCAGUACAAGUGGCCCAGUCGAUAUUCUUUUGGGCAGCGAGCAUGUUUGGAGUGCUAUUACUGGGAGAAAGAUAUUUGACAACAAAGGAAAGCUAAUCGCUAUUUCAUCAAUCUUUGGAUGGGUGAUUACAUCACUGUUUGCACCACGGGCGAGCAACACUAUGGCCCUCACAACAACAGUCGACAUUGAUGCCACUCUCAGACGAUUCUGGGAGCUGGAACGCAUUCAUCGCAAGGCAGAAGUUCAACCUGAGGACAAAGAGGUCGAGGAGCACUUUCUCAACACCCACGCUCGGGACGAUAAUGGCAAAAACAUUGUGGAGCUUCCCUUUACAUCCUCAGAUCCUGAAUUUGCAGAUACCCUUCAAGGAGCCUUACAGCGGUUCAAAUCGGUUGAACGCCGUUUAUCACAAAAUCAUCAGCUACGUAAGGAUUACGUAAACUUCAUGAGGGAAUAUCAGAGUCUAGGACACAUGCGAGAAAUCUCACCGGGCGAAAUUCCCAACGAAAGGAGUUUCUAUCUACCUCAUCAUCCUGUAUUGGGUCGAAAACUCAGAGUAGUCUUCGACGGCUCAAACCGGGACGCCAAAGGCAAGGCGUUAAACGACACACUCUCGAUAGGACCCAGUAUUCAGCGAGGCCUGUUUGCUGUGUGGCUGCGGUUCCGUAUGCACAAAUACGUACUUUCAGCGGACAUAGUCAAAAUGUUCCGUCAAAUCUGGGUGAGCGAAAAGCAUAGAAACUUUCAGAGAAUCGUAUGGCGAGAGGAUCCAUCAGAUCCCAUCAAGCACUUCCAACUUUGUACGGUGACGUAUGGAACAUCAUGCGCACCAUUCCUAGCAGUUCGAGUACUGGAACAACUGGCUGCUGACCACCAGAAGGAGUUUCCAACUGCAGCAAAAAUCUUGAUGGAAGACUUCUAUGUGGAAGACGUUCUCACUGGAUCCAAUAGUGAGGAUGAGCUGCAACGCAAUCGGGACGAACUCGUCCAACUGAUGUCCUGUGCUAAGCUAGAGCUCGGGAAAUGGGUAUCGAAUACCAAAUACAUUGUAUCGGAGGAUAACACGGAUUCCUCACACUCAUCAAUAAAGGUUCUAGGGCUGCAUUGGCACCCUAAGAAGGACACAUUGUCGUACAAUGUGAAUCUAGCUAAAAAUCCAAGCUGCACCAAGAGGCAAGUGUUGUCAGAUGUGUCACGCAUAUUCGACCCUCUCGGUCUAUUAGCACCAACCGUAGUUUAA